GAUGAUGAGAUAAGGAACUCAAAGCCCACCUUUCAUUUCAUCACUCCUAUAAUUCUACUGCAUAUACACUUGUAUAUAUAUUACACACAUAUACACACACCAAACAAGAUAACUAGAUAAAGACUUAUCUGCAAAAAAGCUUCAAUCUUUGUGGAACAGACCAUUGGGGUUUUGUAAUAUGUUUAUUGCCACAACUGGGUACUCUUAAUUCAUUAUAAAGGGUAGAAUAUUGAUGAUGAACUAGCUGCUGAUACUGCAAUACCUAAUAUUUUCAUUUCAAGUCAACAUGACCCCUGUGAUACCAAGUCCCACAAGCAAUGUUUCUAUUAUUCCAGUAGCUAAUUUCAUUAGAAGAAAAAACAAUUGUUCUACAAGAUGCUACAGCUUGCGGAAAUAUACAAAGCAAAUUUCAUAUGCACAAGAAUUGCCUUUCCCACUGUCAACAUCUGUUAGAUAUUUUCCCCAUAUAAGAAGCCGUCGCUUAAACCAUCCAAGAAUCUGCUCAGUCUCAGCCACUGGCACUGAUGUAGCGGUAGAGGAAGUGAAUCCCCCUGUUGCAGAUGAAGAUUCUAGUGGAGCUUUGGAAAAUUCUUCUGGUACAGAAACGAGCGAAAUAUCAUCCAGCAAGGAAGUUGCCAGUCCAACACAAGGCCAGACUAAACGCACCAGGCCCACUAGGAAGAGUGACUACCCUCCACUGAAAAAUGAGGAAUUGGUUCCAGGGGCAAGUUUCACUGGGAAAGUAAAAUCAGUUCAACCUUUUGGCGCUUUUGUCGACUUUGGAGCUUUUACAGAUGGCCUUGUGCAUGUUUCCCAGUUGAGUGAUAGCUUUGUGAAGGAUGUUGCUGCAGUGGUUUCUGUAGGACAAGAAGUAACAGUAAGAUUAGUGGAAGCAAAUACCGAGACAGGACGAAUAUCUCUUACAAUGCGUAGCAGUAAUGAUGCUAACAAGUCACAGCAAUCUCCUGGUGAUGGUGAUAGAACAAGGACUCCGAGAAAUGCACAGAAAUCUGGUCAAAGGAGGGAUGAUGGGAAGAAAGCUUCGAAGUUUGUCAAGGGGCAAGAUCUGCAGGGCAAAGUAAAGAAUCUAGCCAGAGCAGGGUCUUUUAUUUCCCUUCCUGAUGGAGAAGAAGGAUUCCUGCCUACAGAAGAGGAGGCUGAUGAUGGAUUGGGAAGCCUGAUGGGGGCCUCCACCCUGACAGUCGAUCAAGAAGUAAGUGUUCGUGUGUUGCGCAUCUCUAGAGGACGGGUAACUUUGACAAUGAAGAAAGAAGAAGAUGUAGCAUCUCUUGACUCAAAGCUUAGUCGUGGAACUGUUCAUACAGCUUCAAACCCUUUCCUUUUAGCGUUUCGUAAGAACAAAGAUAUUGCUGCCUUUCUAGAUGAAAGGGAAAAAGAUGAAACUUCAGUCAAAGAUGCUGAGCCUAUAAAAGAUGUAGCUUCUUCUACUGAUGAAAAUGUAAAACAGGAUAAAAUCUCCAAGGAUGAGGUGGGCAUAGUGGAAGAUGCUAUAACUGAUGCUUCUGUUCCUGUUGCAGACGAGCAGAAAGAACCAGAAAUCAUAGGAUCUGACGUGUUGGAUGUUGUAGAUCCUGCAGUUGAAGAUGCUGUGACGGAUGCUUCAGUUGCUAUUGACGAGGAGCAGAAAGAACCAGAAACCAUAGCAUCUGACACUUCAGAUAUUGUAGAUCCUGCAGUUGAAGAUGAUGUAACUGAUGCUUCAGUUGCGAUCGACGACGAGCAGAAAGAACCAGAAACCAUAGCAUCUGACACUUCGGAUAUUGUAGAUACUGCAGUGGAAAGCUCAGAGGUAGAAGCAGAAGCAAGUACUGAUGUAUUGUCUACAGAAGAAAGUAUAUCUUCAACAAGUGUGGUGACUGAUGCAGCUCCCACCACAGAGAUAGACAUUGCAGAAUCUGAAGAGGCAAUAGUAAAAGAAGAAUCUCAGGUUGAAACACAUAGUGUGGACUCACCAGUUGAAACUGAAACGGUGGAACUAAAUGCUGAUGAAAGUAGCGGCGGUACUGACUCAAAUGAACAGAUAGAUGCUCCCACAACUGAGGAGAGCGCAAAAGAAGAAAUUCAGGCAACUGAAGUUGUGGCGAACCAAAUUGGCACUUCCUCAGAAGCAGAUGAAGUCCCUGUGCAGAUUCCUUCCACUGAUGCUAUAGUUCCUCCUGCUGCACCAGUUGUGGGAAGUGAUGUGGAGUCUAUUCCGGUGGAAAAUGGCAGCAUCAACAACUCAGAUGGACAAAGCAAUGCUCUUCCAGAAGAAGACGCGACUAAAGCAAUAUCCCCAGUUCUUGUAAAGCAGUUACGCAAUGAUACUGGUGCUGGAAUGAUGGAUUGUAAAAAGGCUCUAUUAGAAACUGGUGGCGAUGUAAUAAAAGCUCAGGAAUACCUGAGAAAGAAAGGAUUGGCAAGUGCAGAUAAAAAAGCCAGUAGGGCCACAUCAGAAGGAAGAAUUGGUUCUUAUAUUCAUGAUGGCAGAAUCGGUGUCCUUAUAGAGGCUAAUUGUGAGACUGAUUUUGUUUCACGAGGAGAUAUAUUCAAGGAGUUGGUUGAUGAUCUAGCCAUGCAAGUGGCUGCCUGUCCUCAGGUGGAAUAUGUCAAUACAGAAGAUGUUCCUGCGGAGAAUGUGGAGAAGGAGAAAGCACUUGAAAUGCAAAGAGAAGAUCUGUUAUCCAAACCGGAGCAGAUCAGAAGCAAGAUUGUUGAAGGUCGGAUAAGGAAAAGGCUUGAAGAGCUAUCUUUACUUGAGCAACCUUUCAUUAAGGAUGAUAAAGUAGCGGUCAAGGAUAUUGUGAAGCAAACAAUUGCACGGAUUGGAGAAAACAUGAAGGUGAAGAGGUUUGCUCGUUUCACACUUGGUGAAGGCUUGGAGAAGAAAAGUGUAGAUUUUGCUGCAGAGGUGGCGGCCCAAACUACAGCAAAGGAAAUACCUGCACCACCAAAGGAACAGCCUGCUGUAGUAGAAACCAAGGAAACCAAUGAAUCGGCACCAAAAGCGACAGUAUCAGCUUCGUUGGUUAAACAAUUGAGGGAUGAAACCGGGGCAGGAAUGAUGGCCUGCAAGAAAGCACUAUCAGAAACUGAAGGUGAUCUUGAGAAAGCACUAGAAUACCUUAGAAAGAAGGGUCUUUCAGCUGCUGACAAAAAGUCCAGCCGGAUUGCUGCUGAAGGAAGGAUUGGAUCUUACAUUCAUGACUCCCGCAUAGGAGUAUUAAUUGAAGUCAACUGUGAAACUGACUUUGUGGGUAGAAGUAAGGAGUUCAAGGAAUUGGUUGAUGAUUUAGCCAUGCAAGUUGUGGCCAGCUCACAAGUGCAGUAUGUAUCUGUUGAAGACAUUCCAGAGAGCUUUGUGAACAAGGAAAAAGAACUAGAGAUGCAGAGAGAAGACAUUCUAUCCAAGCCGGAGAACAUAAGGGAAAAAAUUGUAGAAGGAAGAGUCUCAAAGAGGCUGGGAGAGCUUGCCCUACUAGAGCAACCUUUUAUAAAGGAUGAUAAGAUUCUUGUGAAGGACUUGGUAAAGCUAACUAUUGCUAACAUUGGGGAGAACAUAAAAGUGAGAAGGUUUGUCCGCUUUACUCUAGGAGAGUCAACUGAUGAGGAAACAGAAACUGAAGUCGCGGUUGAGGAAAAGAAUUGACAUAUUCAUGGUAGUGUCUGCCGUGGUGGUUACAAAAAGGAGGUUCUUGAGAUUGAUUUGUCCUUAGAUUAAAGUAGCAUUUCGAUUAUUUUUUGUUACAAGAAGAGCUAUUAGUUUCUUUUGUAGUUAAAGUCUGUACUCUACUUUUAUUUUUAUACAGGCUCUUGAAUUUUGAUAUUUGAGGAGUAUUCCUCUGAAGUUUAUUCAACAUACUUUCUGUAAA